CACAUGAGCUUUGACCAACGUUUUGUACGCAUAUCGCUUCUUAACUUGUAAAUGAGUUGAUACUCCGUUUACAUCGCAUGGCUUUACCAACCAAUAUCUGGAAAAGUACUUAACACGCGUCAGCUAACAGCGAUUUAAGCACAAUCUUGCAUCACAAUGGCCAAAAGUUAUCCGAUUCAAAAUGUUGCUGAUUUGGUUGAAGAGGCGCGUCGUGUCUACCGGGAACGAUUUGACGGGGAUGACGCAAAUGUUGCGGCGUGCGCUCCAGGACGCGUGAAUUUAAUCGGAGAACACACUGAUUAUAAUGAAGGUUAUGUCCUCCCGAUGGCCUUGCCAAUGGUAACCGUAAUCGUGGGCAGCAAAACCUCUGACCAGAACUGCUGUGUCGUAACUCUGACUGAAGCUGCAGAUGAACCCAGAGAGGUGGACUUUCAUCUCCCAUCUGAACUGGCCCCUCUUUUAAGAGGCCAACCAAACUGGGCCAAUUAUGUAAAGGGAGUUGUACAGCACUAUAGAGUACGUCCCAUCCCUGGUUUUAGAGCUGUAAUAACCAGUAGUGUGCCACUAGGGGGCGGUCUCUCCAGUUCAGCUUCACUUGAAGUAGCUAUGUAUACUUUUCUGCAGCAGUUGUGUCCAGAUGAUGGAAAUCAGGUUGCCAAAGCAAUCGCCUGCCAGCAGGCUGAACACACUCAUGCCGCUGUUCCCUGUGGCAUCAUGGACCAGUUUGUGUCUGUUUUGGGCAAAGAGGGACAUGCGUUACUCAUUGACUGCAGAUCUUUGGAAGCCACCGCUGUCCCUUUAACUGACCCUGGACUUGUAAUUCUGAUCACAAAUUCCAAUGUCAGACACUCACUCACAGGCAGUGAGUAUCCCACCAGACGAAAGCAAUGUGAGGAGGCGGCAGCCAUUUUGGGCAAGAGCAGCCUGAGGGAUGCAACUCUGCCAGAUCUGGAGGCUGCCAAAGAUCGAUUGGACAGCGUCACAUACAGACGGGCGCGUCACGUUAUCGAGGAGAUCGAGCGCACGGCGCUGGCAGCAGAGGCACUCAAGAGAGGAGAUUACAAAGAGUUUGGAAAGCUAAUGGCGGAGAGCCACAAUUCCCUUAGGGAUAAUUACGAGGUCAGUUGUCCAGAGUUGGAUGAGCUGGUGUCUGCAGCACUGGAGGUGGAUGGAGUCUUUGGGAGUCGGAUGACGGGAGGAGGGUUUGGUGGAUGCACGGUUACAUUGCUUGAGGCACAAGCUAAAGAGAGAGCAAUGAAACACAUUCAGGAGAACUAUCACGGGUCCCCAACUUUCUACAUAACUACCCCAUCAGAUGGAGCACAUGCUCUCAGUCUAUAAAAUAAAAAAGCUCUUCUAAUUUACAGAGAUUUACUUUUUAUCUUUACAGAAAUCAGUGCUAAUGUUGCUAAUCUAAAUCAUUUUACAAAUGUCAAUGAUGUUUACAAAUGCGGCUUUGAUCUAAUACUUUCUAUCAAUUUUAAUAAAGAGUAUUUAUAUAAA